AUGAAACUUUCUUCAGCUUUGCUCAGCUUCGCAGCUGCUGUAGCCGCACAUGGCGACCACGACCACGACCAGGAGCCAUUGUCUGGCCCACAUGAGGGAUUGUGGUACAACACACUUCCUGGUGAUGGCGGCAAACAGGCCGAUUCUAUCUUCAGUGGAAUUUCCACCUUUGGUCGUCUCCCAUACCACCCGUGUCUUUCCAGCAAGGUUGACUUUGACAUUGCCUUCAUCGGCGCACCCUUUGACACUGGCACAUCAUACCGCCCAGGAGCCCGUUUUGGACCCAGCGGGAUCAGACAAGGUUCUCGCCGUCUCAAUCUCUAUGGCGGAUACAAUGUUCCCUUGAAGGCGAACCCUUUCAACUCAUGGGCGAAGGUUAUUGACUGCGGCGACAUCCCGGUCACUUCGUACGACAACGGUUAUGCGCUUCAGCAAAUUGAGGAAGGCCACAACCUUCUUCUGAGCCGAGCACCACACACUCAUGCCGACAAGCCUGGACCCUCCAAAAAAGGAACAACACUGCCUCGCUUGAUCACUCUUGGAGGCGACCACACCAUCACCCUGCCACUUCUGCGCUCCAUCAACCGCAACUAUGGCCCCGUCAGCGUCAUCCACUUUGACAGCCAUCUCGACACAUGGAAACCCAAGGUUUUUGGUGGCGCACCCAGUGAGCAAGCAGCGAUCAACCACGGCACUUACUUCUACCACGCUGCGCAGGAGGGCCUCCUGGCCAACGACACCAACAUCCAUGCCGGCAUCCGCACGACGCUGUCUGGACCCUCUGACUACGAGAACGACGGCUACUGCGGUUUCCAGAUUGUUGAAGCUCGCGAGGUUGACAGGAUUGGCACCGACGGUAUCAUCAAGAAGAUCAGGGAGAGAGUCGGUACUGAGAAGCCCGUCUACCUCAGCAUCGAUAUUGACACUCUCGAUCCUGCCUUCGCCCCUGCCACAGGUACUCCUGAGACGGGCGGUUGGACGACCCGCGAGCUCCGCACCAUCAUCCGCGGCCUCGAGGGCAUCAACCUCAUCGCUGCCGACAUUGUCGAAGUCGCCCCAGCUUACGACACCAACGCUGAGCUGACCACCAUGGCUGCUGCCGACACUCUGUACGAGGUCAUGACCUUGAUGGUCAAGAAGGGCCCCCUGAGUGAGCUGGGCAAGCAGGAGACCAUUGAGCUCUGA